CGAGUUACUUAGAGCCUCCACAAAUCUACAUAAAGGAUCUAGAAAUGUGGGUUGCCAAUGACGUGGUCAGGCCAUGCAAGUUACAUUUUGCAAAGCAAGUAACAGCCACACUCACACACUAUGGCUCUGCUCAAGCACCGAGUCAUAGCCGGAGUUUGAGGCUCAGAAACUCAGGGAACUCACUUGGGAGUACUGACUCGGUCCGGUCCCGUGUCGCCUUCACACGGCCAGCAAAACUGGCCGACACGUGGCCGGAGUAUCAAGGGAUUAACAACUGGGAAGGCUUGCUUGAUCCACUUGAUGAUGAUCUACGCAGCGAGAUACUACGGUACGGGGAGUUCGUCGAAGCAGCAUAUCGUGGCUUUGACUUUGACACGGCAUCACCAGGCUAUGCCACAUGUCUGUAUUCCAGGAACUCAAUGCUGACUCAGUGCGGGCUUGGCAAUAGUGGGUAUAAAUUGACGAGGAAUUUGCGUGCAACGUGUGGGGUUCAGCUGCCACGCUGGAUUGAGAGAGCACCAAGCUGGGUGUCUACCCGGUCUAGCUGGAUUGGUUAUGUGGCGGUUUGUAACAACAAGCAGGAGAUUGCCAGGCUGGGACGUCGUGAUGUGGUGAUUGCUUAUCGGGGCACUGCCACGAGCCUGGAAUGGCUCGAGAAUUUACGUGCCAUGUUGACAUGCUUAGGUGAUCAUGCUCAUGUGGGUCUUGAAACUACUGAUCCCAUGGUUGAGAGCGGGUUUUUGAGCAUGUACACGUCACAUACGACCACAUAUCCAAGUUUACGAGAUACCGUGCGAGAUGAGAUCACGAGGAUUCUCCAAUCGUACAGUGAUAAGCCCCUCAGCGUGACAAUCGUGGGUCAUAGUCUUGGUGCUGCAUUAGCUACACUUACCGCAUACGAUAUAACCACCACAUUUGAUCACGCACCGUUGGUUACUGUCAUCUCUUUUGGGGGGCCACGGGUCGGGAACAGAAGCUUUCGAUGCCAAUUGGAUAAAAGUGGAACCAAGAUCCUUCGUAUCGUGAACUCAGAUGAUCUCAUCACUAAAGUGCCCGGUUUUGUAAUUGACAACAAUGACUCGGCUGAUGGCACGAUAGUCAAAAUGGCAGGACUGCCAAGCUGGCUUCAAAAGCGUGUUGAGGACACACGCUGGCUAUAUGCUGACGUGGGAAGGGAGCUCAGACUCAGUAGCAGGGAGUCACCCUACGUGUGCAAGGGAAAUGUUGCCACAUGUCACGAUCUAAAGACGUAUCUCCACUUAGUCAACGGCUUUGUGAGCUCCACGUGUCCUUUUAGAGCCACUGCCAAGAGGGUGAUAGGCAAAAUGCAACAGGAGGAGAAAGAAGUAGUGUUGAGAUGAUUUUGGAGGACCUAAUCAGUAGUGGUUUAAUUAAUUGGUAUAUAUAUAUAUAUAUAUUAAUGUCUAACAAUGAUUAUUGUAUAUAAAGCAAAGAUGUGAGGUUGCU